CCCGCCCGCGCCGCGCCGCUCCCGCACGCCGCGCCGCUCCGCUCCCGGCUUCACGAUGCCCCUCUUCAGCAUCCCCAAAGAAGUGGCCGUCGGGACGGCGAUGCUGGGGGUCGCCUUCGCCACGGGGGUGCUCGCAGCUAAAAGAUACCCUUUGUUAGGUUUUGGGACACAUAAACCACCCCGAGGCUUUGGGAAAAGCAGCCCUCUCUCACAGUACAUACUGGACCACUCCUUGCGGGAACAUCCAAUCCUAAAGAAGCUGCGAAUGCUCACCGCUGACCAUCCCUUCGGUAUGAUGAUGGUGUCCUGUGACCAGGCUCAGCUUAUGGCAAAUUUGGUCAAACUCAUUAAAGCCAAGAAAGUUCUGGAAAUAGGUGUUUUCACUGGUUAUAAUGCCUUGAACAUGGCACUUGUCCUGCCAGAUAAUGGCAGAGUUGUUGCCUGUGAUAUAAAUGAGGACUAUGCCAAAAUUGGAAAGCCACUGUGGAAGGAGGCAGGCGUAGAGCAUAAAAUUGACCUGCGGAUUAAGCCAGCAAUUCAAACACUUGAUGAGCUGCUGGCCAAUGGAGAAGCAGAAACCUUUGACUUUGCUUUCAUUGACGCGGAUAAAGAAAGCUACAACGAGUACUAUGAAAAGUGUCUGCGCCUCGUGAAGAAAGGGGGAAUCAUAGCUAUUGACAACGUCCUUUGGAAUGGAAGGGUGCUAAAGCCAAGAAAGGAUGACUUGGCGGCCCAGUGCAUCCACCACCUCAACGAGAAGCUUCUCAGAGAUGCACGAAUCAAUAUCAGCACGCUCCCGAUGGGAGAUGGAGUCACCUUAGCAUUCAAGUUGUAACUGGAUUUUUCCCAGCAGAUGGGAAACAACAAGCAGCACCAAAUCAUCAGGAAGAAAGCAGGAGGAGCAGUAUAAAAACAAAAUGGUUAUUUAACCCAAAUCUCCACUGGAUAGCAUAGCCUGGGAAAGUAGACUUUAGGAGCAGCAGGAUCCUAAGGGCAGCUCAGUUGGGAAGAGAGACUUAUUUUGAGAUCUACUAUGGUUUCUUAUUUUAAUUGUAAUAAAGCAAGUAACGUGAA